AUGUUGACAGGGAAAGGACCACUGUCAGGAGGUCGCAGUAGGCUCCACCUGAUAGACCUGGGCAGCUGUGUGAAGGUGCUGGGAGGAGGGAAGGGCAGAGACAGCAGUGGUAGUAGCAGCACCACAGCAGCAGGGCUGUGUCUGUCUCUGUCUGCCCUGGGGAACGUCAUCCUGGCUCUGGUCAACGGCAGCAAACACAUCCCUUACAAGGACAGUAAGCUGUCCAUGCUACUGAGAGAGUCGCUGGGCAACAUGAACUGCCGGACUACCAUGAUCGCUCACAUCUCCUCGUCGCCUAGCAACUUCUCUGACACGCUCUCCACGAUCCAGAUCGCCUCGCGCCUCCUCCGCAUGAAGAAGAAGAAGACCAAAGUCAGCAUGCAAUACACGUCCAGUUCGUCAGGGGGUGAGAGUUCGUGUGAGGAGGGGCGUAUGCGUCGCCCCACUCACCUGAGACCGUUCCACUCCCGUAGCUCUGCAGACUCAGACCUGCCCCUGCUGCACCUCUCCAGCGACCCAGACAACUACUCCAGCAGCGAGCAGUCCUGUGACACUGUCAUCUAUGUGGGUCCCAAUGGGGGUGCCAUCUCAGACCGCGAGCUGACCGACAAUGAGGGCCCGCCAGAGUCCAAUGGGGGUGCCAUCUCAGACCGCGAGCUGACCGACAAUGAGGGCCCGCCAGAGUCCAAUGGGGGUGCCAUCUCAGACCGCGAGCUGACCGAUAAUGAGGGCCCGCCAGAGUUCGUCCCCGGCAUCCCUGUUUUGCCGAAUACGCCACCUCUGCAGCAGCAGACAGUACUCCCCCAGGCUCAGCUAGUCCCUACACAGACACACACCCAGCCCACUACCGAGCCCCUCAACGCCCCCAACCAGCCCCCGCUCCCCCUCCUCCAGCCCCCAUUCCCUCUCCUCCAGCCCCCAUUCCCCCUCCUCCAGCCCCUGGGUCAUCCCCUGCCCCCGCUCCCCGUCCUCCAGCCCCCAUUCCCUUUCCUCCAGCCCCUGGGUCAUCCCCUGCCCCCCGUGCCAGAGGAAGGGGCGGAGUGCCUGAAGUGCAACACCUUCGCUGAGCUGCAGGAGCGUCUGGAGUGUAUCGACGGGAGCGAGGAGGUGGCAAAGUUCCCCUUCGAGGAGGUGCCGGCUAACAGGGGGGCUAAGCCCGACACCCUGGUUCCCCCAGGGUAUGAGAUGGGGCGUAAAGGAGGGGUGGUGGAGGAGGUAGAGCCCCUCAGGAGGAUGUCCAACGACCAGCAGCUCCAGGAGAUCAGGGAGGUGGUGGAGGAGGCAGAACUGGCCCAGACCAUGAUAGAGAGUCUGAGCCUGACCGGCAGCUGCAGUAUGACGGGAAGCAGUGGAGCAGGACAUACCAACACCAACCCUCUACAGAGGGCCAAGAGUGCCAGCCUCCAUGACAGUCGUGAGUCUCUGAGCGCGGGCAGUAGCAGUGAUGGUAAGCCCCGCCCCCUGGGCUCUCCUCGGCUGGGCAUCGCAUCUCUUACCAAGACCUCUGACUACCGACCUCCCUCCUCACCCUCACAGCGCUGCAAGGUCUACACCCAGAAGGGUGUGAUGCCGGGAACGCCCCCUCUGUCCUGCCAGAGUCUGUCUACUGCAGACAGCCUGGCUGCAGACAGUGUGAGGUCCUCUACAGAGUCCCUGCUGCAGCCGGUGUCCCUGUCCAGAACCUCCCCCGCGGGGAUGAGUCCCCGGGACCUCAAACGAACCAACUCCUCGUCUGCUAGCCUGGGGUCGGCUGAGACACUGUGUGAUGAGAAUGUUCCUCAGAUUCCUCUGGAUGGACGCAGGGAUACCCCAGCUCCAGCCCCCAACCCUAGCUCUCUGGGGGAAGACGAUCUGGUGUUCACGCUGGGGUGUAAGGAGGGCCUGGAGGUCCGGGGCCUGCUGGAGGGUGGCGGCCGUCCCACCAGCAUCAUUAGCUUCAACAGCGACUGUUCCGUCACUGCACUGGACUCGGGGUCCCGCCCUAUCUCCAUCAACAGCAGCAUCAGCGAGGACCUGGAGCACUAUGGAGUCAACACUACUGCCGUUGCUACGACCACCAGGGUGAUCCCCAUAACAACCGCCUCCGUCGCCGGAGUGAUCGCCAUGGCGGAGGUCAGCAUGGCAAAGCUUUGUGUGGAAGGAGAGGCGCCUAGCCGACGGUCCUCCAUCUCAUCGUGGCUAAGUGACCUGAGUGUUGUUAGCCACGGAGAUCAGUCUCUGCACAGCUUCAGCCAGUCCCAUGGACACGGGGAGGCUCUGGCCGAACCAGACCCCACACAGGUCCCUCUCUGUGGGGAAAAGGAGCAGGACGAGGCGUCCCUGGGUUAUGGAGGAAGGAAGACUCCUGAGAGUGAAGUAGCAUUGUCUGGAGAUGUAAAAGGGAGGGAGACUAAAGAGAGGCUGAAGAGACUGCCCCCCUCCCUGGGUAAGACCACCAUCUCCCUCUCUGACAUGCAGACCCUGGGGGCCUCCAGCAACUUCCUCCCCUUCAAGACCAACAUUACAGUCCACCCCUGUGUGGCCGUCAAACCCAUGGUCAUACUCUCCUCCCUUACCAAGAUUCACCUGCUGCCCAAGGACCCAGCCAAGACUGCCUCAGCCCUGGUCCUGGCCUCCAUGUCCAGCGAGCUCACCUCCGAUGACCCCUGGAUGAAGAGAGACAGGGUGGACGUGAGGCCCAAGGAGCUGGUGUGUGAGGUGAAGCCAGAGAAGUGGGUGGUGGAUCCACCAGUCAAGACAGACCCAGCUAAGAGCAGCCAGGCCUGGCCCCAGGGUGACAGGGCCAGCAGGGUGGACAGUGGCUAUGGAGGGGACCGUCACAGCUCCAGCAGCGGGGAGGCCAUCUCCUCUCCAGACUCCUGUAAGAGGGUAGUGGACGGCUCUGAGAUGGUGCUGGUCAGUUCUGGGGAGUGUCUGGUGACUCCUGUCUACUCUGCCGACAUUCUGCGCACGGCCAGUCUGCCCCGUGGCUGGCACCGGCUCAACCGCCACGACGGCCUGGAUGAGGACCCACUCCGCUACGACGCUAACGGAGGAGGGGGGGAGUACCGAGGUCUGGGGGUCACCUCCUCCACCCCCUGUAGUCCCAGGGCGACCCUGGACCGAAGGGGGUAUUCCGGGAAACAUGGCCUGUUUUCCCGCCAGAAAGGUAUACCACCGCUGCCACCAGUACGCAAGUCCAGUCUGGACCAGAAGAACAGGGCAGAAGGCCCCCUCAGCCCCAUGCACGCAGCCAGCCAUGGCCUCUCCUUCUUGAGGAGUACCCCGGAGGACCUGGGCGUGCCUGCUGGAGGGAAACACAAGGGGUGCAAUGUGGAGAGCAGCAGGUUAUUCAGUGCUAAACUAGAGCAACUGGCUAACAGAACCAACUCUCUGGGUCGGUCCCAUGGAGGUCACAGCUCUCAUGGCCCCCACUACGACUGCCUCUCUUUGGAGAGGGGGGAGGCUCUCAGCUCCUUGGGCUGGAAGGUGUCAGCCGGAGGGGGGAGGGGGGACUGCACCAUGCCCCGUACCGGACGCAGCCUCACCCGUGGCGGCUCAUUGUCAUCCUCCUCCCCUAAUGGGAACGGUUCCGGUAACAGCCCUGGCAGCGCUCCCCAGUCACCCAAGUCGAGCCAGUCCAAGAUCUCAGCGGUCAGCAAGCUCCUGAUGGCCAGCCCUAAGGCCCGCAGCCUGUCGGCCUCCAGCACCAAGAAACUCAGCUUCUCCACCAAGUCUCUGCCCCAGUCUGUCAACCGCAGCUCCAGUCUUCCUCCCAACGGAAAGCCCCAGGCCCAGGGUCAGACCUCCAUCCAGGGUCAGGGACAGAACCAGGCACCCAGCUCUGGCUCCUGGUCCACCCAGUCUCUGAGUCGCAACCGAGGGGGAGGCCUGGCCGCCAAGCUGCCUCUGAGAGCCGUCAACGGACGCAUCUCCGAGCUGCUCCAGGGCAGCGGAGGCUCUCGAUCCGCUGGUCACAACCGAGGAGGAGGCUCCGAGGCUGGGGAGGAGAGGGGCGCUGGAGGGGGUGGAGGUGGUGUCGGGGCACAGGGAGAGGAAGGACCCUUGGUAGUCCACACCCUCCCGUCUCCCUACAGUAAGAUCACAGCGCCCAGGCAGCCGCAUCGCUGCAGCAGUGGUCAUGCCAGUGACAACAGUAGUGUUCUGAGUGGAGAGCUGCCCCCGGCCAUGGGGAAGACGGCCCUGUUCUACCACAGCGGGGGCAGCAGUGGCUAUGAGAGCAUGUUGAGGGACAGCGAGGCCACAGGAAGCACCUCCUCUGCCCAGGACUCUCUGAGCGAACACAGCUCAGCCACCAGCAGCAGCCGCCGCAGCCUCAAGAACAACAAGAAGAAGAACAACAGCACAGGUACCCAGCGUCGUCGUCUGAUUCCCAGCCUGACCCCGGAUUCGUCCUCUCCGGUCAGGAAGCCUGCCAUCAGCUCAGGUGUACGCUGGGUAGACGGGCCGCUACGCCCCGCCCCCAGGGGAACCACAGAACCCUUCGAAAUAAAGGUCUACGAGAUAGACGACGUGGAGCGCAUGCAGAGGAGAGAGAGAGGCAACAAGGAGGUGGUUUAUGUCAGUGCUAAGCUGAAGAUCUUGGAGAACAGGCAGCAGCGUAUAUCUGAGGUCCGAGCCAAGUACGACUGGCUGAAGAAAGAGCUGGAACAGACCAAGCAGCAUCUGAUGCUGGAGCCCGACAAAUGGACCACUGAAUUUGACCUGCAGCAGACGUUUGAGGUGGACUCUCUGGAGUACCUGGAGGCUCUAGAGGUGAUGACAGAAAGACUGGAGACCAGGGUCAACUUCUGCAAGGCUCACCUCAUGAUGGUCACCUGCUUCGACGUCACCUGCCGACGCAGGUAGAACUAAGAACGGCCAGGCGGACCACACCUCCUCUAGGACUCAUGGGAAGUGGAGACAACACAACAGGAAGAGAGAGGGAUGGAGCAGAGGGAGGGAUUUCCCUGAGGAGGUGCAGAGGCAGAUGGAGACAAAGGCAUCCGGAGACUAAAGAGGAAUAUUUUUUUAAGCAGCGGGGAAGGGAGCAGGAGAAG